CUAUGUUGAGUUAUUUUUGUGGCGUGUCAUUGAAAUUGAAACAAGCAGUCAUCGCUGUUGUAGCGUCUCAUUUUGGCAUAAGAUAAAAUGGUGGUCGCGGAUACAAAAUCAUAGCUGCAAGAAAAAUGAAGAAUGAAGACAUGAUAACUUGAUGGAAUACAUAUUUAUACAACUGAGAUCGCCAUCAAACUAGGAAAACGGUUCAGCAAGUACAAAGUAUCUGAAUAAAAUGCAUUGAUUUAUACCAUCUUGUUCUUCAAACAGAAGUCUUGAAAAAUAUGCCACCUAUACUUCUCGUGAAACAGCCCUCCCACUGGGAGGAUAUUCCUGGCCUCACUGACAGUCCAGACAAGCAGGUCGUAGACAUCAAGAACAACAUGGAAGAAGAAGCUGCAGCUGCCCCUGCAUGCGCGGAAGUUACCACUGAUGCGGCCGCUAAUGUGGCGAACAAGAAGACGAUCAAACGGGAAACAACUCGGGAUAAGCUGAUGAAUCUAGCGAAAUACAUGAGCUUCUCGAGUCGGUGGACAGCGCAGAGAGUGGGGAACAAGAGGACAUCAUCAAAGAAGCAGGAUGGCGAUGUGGAUGACAAGAAGAUGAUGGGUUUGGUGCCGCAACUAGAUCUGAGUGUAACAGGUGGAAAAGUAGGAGUAUCAAAUUCAACACCAGCAACAACAAGCAAAACUACAUCUAAAAUGCCUACUUUGUUACAACAGCAAGCUCCUUCCAUCUUGACUCCUCGUCCUGCUCGCUUUCUCAGUACGCGGGAUCCCUUCUCCGAAUCCGCUAACAAGACACAGAUGAGCAAGCUCAACGCCGUGGAGCCCCCACCUCGUUUUCCGCGUGGAGUCGUCUUGCGAUUUUAUGGCUACUUCUGUGAAGCGGUUCGGGACUCGCCGGUCGAGAAUUGUCGCCUUCGUGAGCUUGUGUUGCACUACUUUCUAGACGACGACACAGUGGCGAUUCUAGAGCCGAAACAGGAAAAGGGGAUGCCGCAUGGAGAUUUCCUCAAGAGGAUUAAGUUGGAAGAUGGCAAGGGUAUAAUGCUAACUACGCUAUCACAGUUUCAUCUUCAUGUUAUUUGAAAUAACUUAUUUCUACUUGUUCUUCCAUCAUCACUCAGUCCUCGGUCCUCAGUGACUUCAUCUCCACCACCUUCUUCUAUCCUACUAGGUAACCCAGUCACCCUAUCCAAAUUUCGAUGUGGAUCUACUGUGCUAGUGUAUGGGCGUGGCAUUCGCCUCACUGGAAUGGAUAAAUUUACCGAAAACUACUAUCGAGAUCAGGGCUUAGAAGCUGGUCUGCCAGAAGAAACGCCAGAAAACCAGAUUGUGAUCAACGAGCGUCAGAGGGAGAAGCUCUUCGACUCAAGUCGCAAAAUCACAACCGCGUCUGCUGCAAAGAAUAUGCUGACGCCGAGAGGCGGGGACGGCGAGCAGGUAUCAACGUAAAAAAAUUAGACUUACGAUGUUCCUGAUGCUAGCAUGAUGAUUCUUAGUAGAGUCUUAGUACUAUGAUGAUCAUUCUGGAAGAUGAAAUAAAUCAUGAAUCAUAGAAUUAGAAAGUAGCCAUAGAAAAAUUUCACCACAGGAAGAAGUCCUUCGUUUCUUCGCCUUUACGGAGAACAAGCAUCGAGUACGGGUCUACUACAUCGUGGUUUUUUACCCUGAAGACUCGUCGAUCGAAGUUAGAGAUCAUGCUAGCGGAAAGCGCGUGCACAAGCGGGCUCAAGUGGAGACAACAGGGGAUGAGCAGAGCAUUCCGAGAUUAGGAGUUCGUACUUCGUGUUUUUUAGCGUGAACAGAGCAUUCCGAGAUUAGGAGUUCGUACUUGUUUUUUAGCGUGAACAGAGCAUUCCGAGAUUAGGAGUUCGCACUAUCAUUUUUCAUUCUUGAUUGAUGCAACUGCAGAAUGCGAAUUCUGGUCUAUUGUUCCUGUUUCUCAGCCUUCUAUAUCAUCGAUCCACCACAGCCGCGAACGUAUCCGACUUAG